AACUUCCAGAGGCUGGAGGCGACGGGGCGUGCUCAGGCACCGCCGCGACCAUCGUGCAACCCUACAUGGAACUCAUCAUCGAGCAGCGCAGAGACAGAGACGGAGAAGCCAACGACCGGAGCGCCUACGCCUACUUCGGCCAGAUCACUUCCAAGUCGGUGCAGCAGAUCAUCGAGAACGAGAGGCAGGCCAUCAGGAACGAGGGGCACGCCAAGCUGGCCAAGGAGAUCAUCCAGAAGGGCCUCAUCGACACGCCAGGUCUCGACGGCAAGACGGAUGUGGACUACAACCUGUUCAAGAUGGAGGAAGAGACCGUGGAGAAGCCCAGGGCCAGCGAGAGGUUUGGGAUGCCCGAGAUGGCCAGCAGCAGCAGCUGCGUCAAGGACGUCGGGAACAUUCCAGUGCCAGAGGAUCUGCCGACGCCGUCAGGGAUGCCGAGGCUAUCGAAGGCGGCGAUGGAGCUAGGUGGCAAGGCCGAAAGAUUCAGUGACUGGAACGGCUAUGACUUCUCUACGCGCACCGGGGCCGAGAAGCUUCUGAAGGUACUCAAAGAGAAGAGGCCGAGAAAUAUUUGGUUCUCACCACCUUGCGGGGCAGAACGCCCGCUUCAGAACCUGAAUCCCAUCGCCGACGAGUCCGGGAAGAAGCUGAUUGAGACGAGGGGGAUUCAGAGAAACCUGUUGUGGGUGAUCAACAAGCUCAAAGAAAAAGACUUCGGAGACAUCUAUUUAGAGCAGCCAGGAAAAUGCAGAUCAUGGACAGGCAACUUCAAGGACAUAAGCAGGAAGCUCAUUGGUGCCAUCAUCCAUGGAUGCAUGUGCGACAUGAGGGGCGAGAAGGAAGGCGUGCUGCUGAAAAAGGGGUGGUGCAUCGCGACAUCGGACGAGAAGUUCGGCGAUACCGUUGGGAGAGUAUGUCAAAAUCUUCUACCUCUGGAAGGGGGCACUCGAGUGGCACUCUCAGCGAACUACCCCGUGAACAUGUGUAAGCAGAUUGCCGAGCACUUCUUGAUCGAGCCCUCGUCCGACGAUGCUCUAAACUUUCUCGUGAAGGAGCUGGGCUGCAAUAACUUCUACUGGACUCAUCCUCGUAGAGCAUAUCAUAUCCGUGGAGCGCUAUGCGCAGAUUACGGAAGCGGCUUCGCCAAAUGCCAGAUCCUCACCAAGAAGGAUGUGCUGGAGAGCUGCGGCAAUGCAACGGCCAAGGAGAUGAAGGAGAUGGUUCUCACCACGUGGAUUCAGCACUAUGGGAAACCAGAAGUACUUCGCACCGACCCGGAAGGUUGUUUCCGCCAAGCUGAGCACCGUGCUUGGAUGUCAGGCAACGGCAUCGAGUGGCGACCAGAACCAGGUGAAGCUCACUGGAGGAUGGGCGUGAUCGAGAGGGGCAUCGAGAUGAUCAAGGAGAUUGCGAAUCGCAUCGCGUGGGAGCUCCCAGACGACACCGGCCCGAACGAGAUUUUCACGUGGGCGUGUGCGGCGAACAACGACCUGAUGCGCCACAAAGGAUACAGUCCGCUCAUGCUGAUGAUGGGUCGUGCCCCAUCGGGGCACGGUCUAGAAGACGAAGAUAACCCCUCGGUGCUCAGCACUCACCUGAUUGACGAGAACUACCAGGACCUCACCGCGGUUAAGAAAGCAGCGUACAAGGCGUGUGUAGACCACUACCUGUCGGAGAAGACAAGGAGGGCGCUGCUGGCAAAGACGCGGCCGUUCAAGACGUGGGAACCAGGCGAGAAAGCCCACUACUGGAGAAGCUCCGAAGGGAACAGUCACAAGACUAAGCAGGGCUUGGCUGGACGAUUUCACGGGCCAGCUACCGUACUCAUGCAGGAGCGCGAGAUGAAGAAUG